CCCCCCGAGCCCGUGGGGCAGCCCCAGGCCAUGACCCGCCUGCUGGACCUCCGCAAAGCCGAGCUGGGGCCGGGAGCUCCGGGCUGGAAGGGCCACCGCUCGCCGCCGGCAUCGCCUCCGUCGCCGGGAUUGCCGCGAGUCCUCGCGCCGGCAUCGCCGCCCCCCUGGCACUGCCCGCCGGCCGCCCGCCCGGCGCUGGGGUCCCCUCAGCGAGCGCCUCUCUGCCCCACGGCCAUCGCCUCAUCUCGUGCCUUUCCCCACGGACCCCCACCCCCGGGGCCCAGGGACCCCCGAGCCCGGAGCGGGGCAGCAGCUCCGAUGGUGGCAUCCGCCGCCGUGUCCUCCUCCAGCGGGGACACGCUGAUCUGUCUUCUGGGAAGACGCUUUCCUCCGUCCCCUCGGUUCGGUUUUAACCCUUGGUAGUGACUGAGCAAUACAAUAUUUGCAAGAUC